CUUUAGGUUAGGUCAUGGAGAACAUAGCAAAGAGCUUAGCUUGAAGACGAUCUCAACCAUGUCUAAAUCCACAAGGCGGCUGCACGGGAAGGUGGCUCUCAUAACAGGAGCUGCCAAUGGCAUUGGUGAAGAGACGGCGAGGCUCUUUGCAGCCAACGGUGCUUAUGUCGUCGUAGCCGACAUCAACGACGAACUGGGUCAAAAAGUAGCAGCCUCCAUUGGCGUCGACCAAGCCAGCUUUCAUCACUGCGAUGUGAGAGACGAGAACCAAGUUGAAGAAACCGUGAACUACACCGUUGAGAAAUACGGUCGUCUCGACAUUCUUGUCAGUAAUGCUGGCAUAACAGGCUCUCUUACUUCAAUUCUAGAGUUCGACAUGUCCAACUUUGACGACGUAAUUUCAACCAACGUCCGUGGGGUGGUGGCGACGAUCAAGCAUGCUGGACAAGCAAUGGUGAAAGGAAAUAUACGAGGGUCGAUCAUAUGUAUGGCGAGCACGGCAUCGGUGCUUGGUGGGGUAGUAUCGACAGCAUACAUAACCUCGAAGCAUGCAAUCUUGGGGGUGGUGCGGUCGUGCUGCGGGGAGCUCGGGGCGUAUGGGAUUAGGGUGAAUUGUGUGUCGCCGUACGCGGUGGCGACGAGGAUGACUUGUGAGUUUUAUAAUAUGGAAGGGAGUGAGGUUGAAGAGCUUGUUUCUGCAUCGGCAAGCUUGAAGGGUGUGGUGCUGAAGGCUAGCCAUGUAGCUGAGGCCGUUGUGUUUCUUGCAUCGGAUGAAUCUGCCUAUGUAAGUGGUCAAAACUUGGUGGUCGAUGGCGGCUUCACGGCGGUCAAAUCAUUAGGGUGAUUCGUUUCUUUUAUUGUAUGAUUUGAAUGAUGUAGUUUGAAAUGAGAUGAGUAUGUUCAAAUUCAAAUAAAACUUAAUCGAUCCAAGAGGAUUAUAGGUUGAGUUGAGAAAAAGAUAUUGAUGAUAAAUAUGGAAAUGAAUAAUCGUGAAUCAUGUGUGAAAGAAA